CCCAAUCAGUACGAAUCGAUAGUCGCUGCGAAAAGGUCUGAUCGUGGUCGCGAUGCGUGCUCCACAGCUGCCUCUGCUGAUGUUCUUCUUUCUCGGACUAACCGGGACUUCGCUUGGAUCCGACUCAACCUCUUGUGUGGUUAAGUUCCAUGGUGCCACCUAUGGUGAAGGAAUCUACGAUGAUACCUUCACAGGAGUUCCGUUUUGCUCUUACUUGGGAGUUCGCUAUGCAGAAGCUCCUGUCGGUCCACUCCGUUUCAAAAAUACAGUUCUGCGGCACCCCAGUGGAUUCGAGAACUACACCGCAAUGGGAAAGAUUUGCCCCCAGGAAAACGACAUUUAUAACUUUACGGAAGUUCAGGGCGACGAAGAUUGUUUGUUCAUGAACAUCUACGCGCCACAAAUUCCUGGUGGUAAGAAGUAUCCAGUUGUAGUGUAUGUCCACGGAGGAACUUUCAUGGUAGGAUCCUCUCAAGAAAACGUCGGUAAUGGAGUUGAUCUACUGAUCAACAGCGGUGUCCUAGUCGUCAGCGUCAAUUACCGCCUGUCUGUGCUAGGAUUCCUGCGGUAUCCCGAAUUCAAUAUUAGCGGAAAUUUCGGUUUGAAAGAUCAGCGAGCAGCUUUGCAGUGGGUACAGCGUUAUAUCAAAUACUUCGGAGGUGAUCCUAACCGAGUUACUCUGAUGGGACAGAGUGCCGGGGCCGGUUCAGUAACCUAUCACUUAUACUCAGAAGGUUCGCGUAACCUUUUCCAGCGACUUGUUGCCCUCAGCGGAUCUCUGUUGUCCCCUUGGGCACUGAAUCAUGACUCUCUAAAUAUCGGCGAACAACUCAUCGCCAAUUACAACGUCUCCAAUCUGGAAGAUCUGCAGCAAAUAAACUUCAAACAUUUCGUAGAACGCAACGAGUCGUUCGAUACCUUCGGAUUUUUCACAAUGUUCUACCCAGGUUUCAUCCCAUCCAUUGAAGAUCCGAACGAUCCGGAAGCGUUUAUUACUGCUCUACCUCAAGAAUUAGUCAAGCAAAAACCCGUCAAUCAAGUACCGAUCUUGAUGGGUCACACUUCCACCGAGUUCGAACUUCUCCUUUUCUAUGCAAACUUUCUCUAUAUUGGCGACAAUUUCCCCAACAACGAAGAUGAUUCUCUAAAUCAAAACAUCACCAAACUCAUAAACCAUAAGGUCAAACUUGCCAAAGAUCCUAAUUUCUACAGGAAACUAGCUAAUGUAGCCAACCUGAAAUACCCGAUCAAGCGAUUGCUGCAGCACCUCUGCGAGCACCUGGACGACAGCACUCCCAUCUACUACUUCGACUUUGAGUUUGACGGUCGAUUCGGAUUCUACAAGAACCACUUCUACGCGACGAGAACCAACGGCAGCCGGUACGGAGCGGUUCACGGUGACGAUCUAGGUUACAUCUUCUCGCCGUACGUCAUCGAGGAAGCUCUAGCCAACCGAACCGAGUUCCGUCGUGAGUGGAAGGUUCAUGAGCGAACCGUCGAAUUGGUGACGAACUUCGCUAAAUACGGUGAUCCCACUCCAAAGCGGAGCAAGCUGUCGCAUGUGAGGUGGCCGGCGUAUAACCGGAACGGCACCGAGCCGAAGCAUUAUCUUCACAUCGACGAAACGUUUGAAAUUCGCGAGGACCGUGAUGCCGAGAACGAGUACUUCCAGUUGUGGGAACCCAUCUACCAGUGUGUGUACUAUUACGAUUGUGAUGCGCUGGACGCGAUGGUGGAAGAAGUGAAGCAAUUGGAGGUCGAGGGACAGGUUUUGCUUGAUGUGGUUGACGAAAGUAUGAACAUGAUUGGAAACGAAGAGAGUUAAAUAUAAUGCGUUUUUGUAUGUUAAAAUUAUA